AUGAUUCCUAUCAGAGCAGCUUGUAGUUUGAAUGCAAAUCUUCUUGUUGUCGACAACGUUCUAGCAACACUUGUUAUUCUUCUCACAACAGUUCAUUAUCUGUACUAUUGCAGAGGGGCUGCGAUAGGGAAAUUGGCGAAAAGUGGGCGUGACGUGGGCGAGGUUGAACCACGAUCAUUCUGGAACAUAGAACCUUUUCUUACAGAUUUUAUUGAUUUCAAUGUUUCAACUUUAUCUAUAAUAUGCCUGGAUGAGAGUAAGAACCCAACCCUCUCCUUCGCCCACCUCCUCUUUCAAGAUAGUCGAGUAAAAAAUCCCUUUAGAGCUAUCAAAUUCGUUGGACCUUUUGUUCUGAUGGUUUACACUAUCAUAGCGACAGAUAUUCGGCGUUUUCUUCUGAUUUACGGGAUUUUCCUUAUGGGUUUUUCACAAGGUACUCAUCAAUUUUUAAUUCGUUGGUAUCUCAGUCAAAUGCAAUUUUUAGCAUUUUAUCUGAUAUUCCUUACUUGCGAACGUGCUGAUAUAGAGAAAAAUGGACCAGAUAAAAGCAAAGAUCCAGGCCGCUUUCAAAAUGUCAUUCAAAAUCCUGUGGAAGCGUUCAUCCGCACAUUUAUCUUGACUAUAGGCGAAUUCACAGUUCUGUAUAGGAACUUGGCAAUGUGCCCAGCUAAAAUAAUGCUCUGGAUUGGGAAGGUAGUUUUUCUCAUUUUUGAAUUGGGUGUGUCAAUCCUACAGUUUAAUCUUCUCAUUGCUAUGAUGACCAGAACUUAUGAUACUAUAUUUCGUACAAGGAAAGAGUAUAAACGCCAGUGGGCACAAGUGAUUCUCAUGUUGGAACUGUCAUUGGCGCCUAAAGAUCGCUUAAUGUAUCUUCUGGAAUAUUCACGUCCAACCGGCACCAAUAAAAAGCUACGCAGUCUUGUUGUCAACAAAAACAUCUAU